CAACAGUGCCUUUGUUGAUAUGAGAAGUGAAGUUAGUUUUGUAUUUAUGUGAUGUAUUAUGGUAAAAGUAAGAAUUUGGGUUUCUUUUUUAGAAUUGUAAUGAAUAUUAAUCCAAAUAUAGCAUAUAUUGCAAUGUUUCUAGUAGCAGUUUUCCCACAGAUUUAUUCUGUGACUGUAUCAAAUAAAGCAGAGGUUCUGAGUGGAUUGGACUGGAUUUAUUUAUUACCAACUAAAAAUGUGAGGGCAGUCUUCAUUUGAAGGAGAGGUGAUUACAGUAAAUGAGCAUCAUGAAGUAUUGAAGACAUGUUGGAGAAUUCUGAAUUCAUCUGGAUAGUUUGGCCUUCUUUUUAACAAGCAUGGAAGUUCUGGAUAAGCCUGUCUUUGUCCCACCGAGGAAGAGAGGUUCUAAAUCUUCAUCCAGGUCUAGUAAUGAAAGUCUUCAGAUGCUUGGAAUGGGAUCUGUUAAUAAUUCCUCAUCUCAGAGCUGUACUAAAAUUGAUCAUCGAGCUAACAGGAAAUUGCAUCAGCCAGUUCCUCCAGAACAGGUUAAAGAACGGCCAAAUGUUAAAAUUAAUUCCAAUUCCCAAAUUCAUAAAGCAGGCUCUCCUGGAAAGAGAUCGCUUACAUAUCAUAAUCAGUCUACAAAGACAAAUAAUGGUAGAAGUGAUGAAUCAGAUUUAAACAGUGAUGUGUCUGAUUGUGUACAUAUCAAUGAUAGUGGUUAUGCGGAGAUAGAAUUAUCUAAUGAACGAUCUGCUUUAAAUUCACGUUCAGUCUCUUCUAUUGGUUCAUGUGCAGGAAGUUUUGUCACCAUGACAGGUACUGUAAAAAGAGGGCGUAAGAAAGGACAAACGAUGGAUAUGAAAGUUCAGAUGUCACGUGAAGAACUUGAUGAAUUAGAGCAUAGUAUAAUGUCUCAACAAAUUGAAGAUGAUGAUAGAUGCUUCUUUGGCUUACGUAAAGGGCCUCAUAUCCUGACUCUGAGUUUAAUUCUAGUCCCUUUUGUCAUGAUUCUGUCGGCAGCAUAUUCUUUUUACAUGGGAACCAUGACAUGGUAUAAUAUCCUUGUAUAUUUUAGUGAAAAGAAAACAAUUUUUCACAAGAUAUUUGUUAGCCCCUUGUUGAUUAUUUCAUAUCCGUUCUUAAUUACUCUAUCUACAAUUGGUCUAGGUGUAUAUGCCGCUGUUGUUCAAAUUUCCUGGUACUUUGAUAAUUGGAAACGAGAAGUCCAAGACUGGGAAAAAGGAUUUUAUGGAUGGUUGUGUGGUGUUGUAGAUCUUGAAGAUUGUUCUCCAUAUGAAGUUGUUAUAUUAACUGAAGUGUUACCUCCUCCUGAAGAAGUUAAGCAGAAGCAACAAAUUGCUGAUACAGCUUUGUAAUUAUUAUACAUGUUUGUACCUGUAUUAAGUUCAUAUGAAUUGUAUAAGAAUUUUUCUCUUGAUUUUUUUACUACUACUUUAUGAAUUUAUUUUAUAUGUAUUUGUAAUUAACAAUUUUGCACACUUCUUUGAACAGUUUACAUAUAAAUUUAAUAAAAUGUUUUUAAGACACAGUAUGCAGAUUGCUGUCAGAAUCAGCUCGACUGCAAAUUGAUGGAUGUAGAGUUAUACAAGUUCAAAAUAUACUGUAGAUUUAUUUACUUAAAAUUAGAAGUUUUAAAGCGAACGUUUUGUUUGGCAUGUUUUUUCUAAUGUAUAAUCCAGAUUUUAGUAUUCCUUAUAUUACUUAUGGUGAAAUCCAUUCAUUUCAUUAUUAUGUUUGCUAGAAGCUGUAUGGUAGGAUAACUGGUUUAAAAUACUUCAGCAUCAGGAUUGUCCAUUUGGUAUCCUGCCUUAUCUGCCAAGUCUCAUAACUGACAUACCAACUAUUUCUGAUGUUUAGUUAUAUUAUUCUUGAUCUGAAAUGCCAUCUUUUUAGCGAGUUCACAUUUUUUAAGCAAACAUUUUGCCAGGUAUUAUUAUAGCUAUCUUCAUUUUUGUACUUAAAGUAGUUCUAUUUUCUAAUGUUUUUCAGCAUUAAUCAUUGUAUUAUGAAGACUUUACAAACUUUUGCUCUUUAGUAUUUCACAGCAGAAAAUUUCAGGAAUUCACUUUCAACAGCACAUGCUGUUAAUUGCUAUAUAUAUGCAAGUUAUGUGUAAAAAUUUAUUUUUUAAUAAAAUUUUAAUGUUAUAAGCAUAUGCAGAUCUGUGUAGUAUUAAUUAAAUGUUGUCCAGUGCAGUGAUCUCAUCAAAGUAAACUGCAUUAUGGCAAAAGAUUUUAUUUCUAGUUUUAGUAACUGCUUUAGAGCAAUUUGUUUAUAAAGCAAUAUCUUAAAAUAUGGUUCAAAAAUAUUAAAUGUAACUUACGUUUUUUUUCUGCUUAUUUACAUCAGUUGCUGUAGAAGUUAAAUUUUCUGUCGACUGAUAUGGCCAUCUGAGUGAAGUGUGUUUUACUUCUAGUUCUGAGGUAUGAUUACUUUGAAACUGAUAUAUGGUCAGCUUUUGAAAGUUACAAAUGAAGUUGUGGAAGAGUGUAUGGCAAGUAAAGUUAGUGGAGUUUUGCAUUUGUAAUUUACUGUAACUGGAUGUUGAAUCAAAUAUUUUUGGUGUUUUUCUGUUAACAAGGCACCACUUAGCAUUAAAUUUAAAUGUUGGCUGGAAAUCUUAAUUAAAUGGCAGCAACCCUAAUGAUAUGUAAAGCAUCAUAAAAAAAUAAUUUGUAGUAACAAUAAUAUGUCACAUAAUAUAUAUAAUGUUUAAUGUGUGCAAUGACAAAUUUGCAUGGUUAAUGGAUUUUUACAAGCAAAAAGAGAUUCCUAUGUAUAUAAUAACUGCUGUUCUCUCCACAUACACAACAAUUUAUUUUCUCUUUAAAAUAUCAGAGUAUUGUACAUAUCCAGCUCUGUGCAUAGGCUUAGCAUUGUGCACAUUAAAUUCUGCACAGCAAUUCAUGAUGCAAUGUGAACAGGCUGCCACAGCUGGUGUCUGGUACCUCCUUAACAUCCAGUGUUUUAAUACAAAUAAAAUUGAAGUCCAAAAAAAAAUGUUUCUAAGUGCAAAUGUUAAAGUUUUAGUUCUCCAGCUUUAGAAACAUCAUUAGUAUUAAUUUUAUUCAAUAUAUAAUUUACGAUGUACUUGCAGUUCUUGCAUAGUCUGCUAUUAAUAGAAUUCAUCCCAUUGUUGUGACACCAUGUUUAUCUGUAAUGGAAGCUAAAUCGUGCUUCUUUGCUGCAAUUUCUUGGUCAAUAGGAUAAUAUGUAUAACUUUUUUAACCAUUAUUUUGAUUUCAAAAAAUUGGUAUGUAUAUUUUUUAAAUAAUGCUUUACUUAUAUGCAACUUUUGAGACUGUGAAAUGCAAAAGUGUUUUACUGAAGUAAUAUAAUUUUGCUAUGCAAAUGAUCAUAAUAAUGACAUAGAGAAGAAAUAUAUGUAUUUAAAGGAGAAAAUCUAUACAUAUCGUUUAGGCAUCAUUGAGGAAACAGAAAGACUGCAAAAGAUAAUGUCAUAAUUUUAAAUUUUGUGUACUUGUAAAAUCCUGUUUAAAAAUACAUUGAUUAAUAACAUUUUACAUGAAUAUCUGUAUAUAAAAUAGUGGAUUUUUAAUCAGUGAUAUUGAAAUUUCGUAAGAAUCUACAGAAUUAUAAACUUUUUAAUAUUUAUAUGUACAAUACUUAGAAAAUAAGUGCAUAUACACUAGAUGCUGAGCCUUUUAGUAGCAAAUUUAUUUUGGAUUUCAUUUUAGAUAAUACGUUUGUUUCACAGAUUACAAAAUUAAUUCAGAAAAAGAUAGAAAACUGAUUGUGGAGUAUUUUUAAUCUCCUGUGACUGUUUGAAUACUUAAAAACAUUGAACAUAUGUUGUUAUUGCCUGCCAUUUUCUGCAAAAUCUUGUGCCUGAAUAUUUUAUGCCUGGCAUAAAAAUUUGUGCCUAACAGAUUUCUUCAGAAUCAGAAUUAUCCUGAUUUCCAUACCUUUUUCUGCUGAGAAAAAUAUUUAAUGCUGUUUCUCUAAAACCCAAAUUUUUGUUAAAUUUUCAACAACUUAUAGGACCUUGUGUUCUUCUGAGACAGGUCUGAAGGAAAAUUUGAUAAAUAUAAUUUUUUGAUGUAAUACUGAAUCAUUGGUUCAGUGCAAUUUUUCUACCCUAGUGCUGUCACUGUCUGCAUGUUUUUAUGGUAGAAGAGCAUAACAAUUUACUGACCAAAUCUUAUCUUUAUUAUUGACUAAGAAAAGUCAUUUGAUGCUAAACUGUAGUACAACUUCUGUUUUUAGUGCUAUAUGAUUUCUAUAGUUUACUUUUAUUAAAAUUUUUCUUAUGUAUUAUAUGAUAUUUAGAGAUGCAAUUCUACGAUUUAACCACAAUUUUAUGACUAAGUAUCUAAUAUCAAAGAGUGUGCAUUUGUUGCAUCAUGCAUUGCAUGCACAUAUCACCAUCAAAACUGUCCUGUUUCUUCCAGCUUGCUGCCUUUCAUUGCUGCGGCACAUAAGUAUAUUACAAAUUCCUUCAUUUCUUAUAUGGUAGCAGAAACAUAGCAAAAACAUCUAAUAACUGAUGAUCAUGGUAUUUUCUAAAUCUGAUAGUUUAUUUGUUUUGCGCAUAACAGAUGGCAAACAUUCCAUGCUUGUGUUUCAUAAUCAUGAUAUCUGCUCAGCUCAUAUGAUUUACCAUUCUUGUGUCACAUCUAUUUGGAUUUGGCUUUAAUAACAUGAUUUUGCUAUUUAUUGUUACUAACUUUGACUUUUCUAAUUAAAAUUCAAGAAAAACAGAGACCAAUUGCAAGUUGUUCCUUAAAAGCAUACAUAUUCUUUCCUGUCCUCAUUUUUGGUUCUUUUAAUCCUGGUGUAAUAGUGGCCAAGUAGAUAAAAUUGCUAAACAUGGAUCUUUCUGAUUAGUGAAAAGGCUGAGUGCAUUGACAUUUUCUGAGUUUUUCACAUGGGUAACAUAAUACAAGUCUCCAUAAAUUAAUUAUUAGUCAAGAGAUAAUGGGCAUAUAUAUAUAUAUAUGUAUGUUAUUGAUUGAAGUUUAGAGUUACAAAAUGGAUUCCUUUUUUUUAAUGGUAAAAGACUUAAUAUUUCAGAACAAUUGCUUGCAUAUGAAAGACUAAUAUUACAUAUACAGGGUGAUUCAAAAUUCAUCAUCGAUAUUUGGUAGGAGGUAGGGAAUAGGGAAAGAAUGAGAUUUCACAUAAGAAAGUAUGGGCACAGAUGAAUGCAUGGUAGUGUAGAGAGCACUGUAUAUACACAACUUCCAUACAUAAGCACAGCUGUUUGAGGUGUGCAGCCAGUCGUCAUUCGACUAGGUGACUUUGCAGAAGUAAUAUGAACUAGUAAUGCAUGGAAUGAACUUGCAGAUAUGCAUGUAAAUGCCGGCAAUAUUCCAGAAGGUCCGGUUGUCCAUGCAACACCAUUGUGUCUCAUGCAUUCUAGCACAUGGUCAGCAGUUCGAGCACCUGUUGUAAGUCUGUAAAACCAAUGCAAAGAAAUGUUACAUGUAAGAUAGUAAAUGUGUUUUUUUUUUUUUUUUUUUUUCUUACUACUUCCUUUUUAUGUGUUCUUUCCAUUAUUAAACUGGGUUCAUUUUGCCCUACUACAAUGCAUAUGCACCCAUGCAUUCCUAUGUGAAAUCUCCUUUUCCUAUUUCCUACCUCCCCACCAAAUACUGAUGAUGAAUUCUGAAUCACCGUGUAUAUGCAUGCAGCAGUAAAUUUCAAUGUAAAAUGUUAUAAGUUUCAAAACUGAUAAACUAAUUAGAAUGUUUAUGAGACUAAUGAAUAUCAGAUUUUAAUUUCUUUAAAAAUAUUUCUUAAUAGCAAGUAAGAUUUUAUUUCUUUGUUAUAUGAAUCUAAGUAAUUUCUGUUGUGAAAUGAAAACACACAAAGCUGUCAUAAAAUUAUAAAUUAAUGGUAUUGUGGUUAUAUCCAGCUUUUAUAGCUGAGAUUUUAAUAUAAUUUAAUUGUAAUAUUUUAAAUUGAAAGCUGUAAAAUUUGAUAUCCCAGAAGGACUUCAUUUUUUUCAAUUACUUUAUCAACAUUUUAUAUUACACAUGCCUUUGAAAAAGACAACCUGGAAUAUUGAAAAGAAAAUGCUCUGAAAUUGUUAAACAUAGCAAAAUGAUUCAAAUUAAAAUGCCAAAAAAUAAAUGGCAUCUAAUUAUAGUUGAUAUUUGCUUUAUUUAUCAUAUCGCAGAUCAUGAAACUGUUUGGUCUUAUUAUGCAUCUGCUGAAGUAGGGACUUGCUGUUGUGAUGGUUUCUUCAGUCCUUUGCCAUAGAUGGAGACCACAAAUAUUGCCAUCCUACAUAAUGAUUUUGGCAAUUUAACUGAAAUAACUGUUGAACGAAUCGGUCAGUUAAGAGUGUAGUUCUGGAAACUGUUCUACAGUGCUAGGUAAGAUAGGGGAUUCCAGUAAAAUAGGAAUGGAUUGAUCCACCUUUUUUUGAACAGGCACUGAAGAAAUUGCAUACAUCCUUACCCCCCUCUCUGACCAGUUCACCUAAGUUUAGGUUGUUUUUGUGCAUUUAAACAUUCGACUUCUUUUGUUAAAAUUGUGAUAUGUGAGCAUCCCAAAUUCAUCACUAAUUAAAAAUAUAAAUGCAGUAGUUUUCAUAAUAUGCUAUUCUUAACUGAUUUUUCAAAUGGGACUUAAUAAACACUGGAAUGAAAAUUCUUGGUAUCAUAUGUGCGAGUACCUUUCACCUUCCAAUGAAUUUUGAUUUCACCAAUAUAAACACUGACUGCUAAAAUUAGAUUACAUCGAUAAUGCUAUCUAACUUCAUUCAAUACUUCCACUUUUGUCAUAGUAGCUGUAUUGGUGGAUUUACAAAUUGGGAAAUCUGUUCACCUGAACUUUUGGAGGUAUCUCAUCUUAAAACACAUGGUAGGUUUUCUGUUUUUAAAAAAUUAAGUAGCAUAAAUUUGCACUUUUUGGAAUGCAGGGCUCCUCACAUAAUUGUGACUUCAACAUCCCAAAAAUCUGUCUUCGAGUACCUGGAUGUAUACUUAAAUCUUGAAAUAAUGUAAAACCAAUUUAUAUUAAAGAGGUAUGUUUUCUUUUGAUAUUGAACUUUUUCAGCAUUUUUUUAAUUAAAUGCAUUUUUUAGCUUUCUUUUGUAAUUUAUGAUGUGAAGAUUCUCUGUAAGGUAAUAUAAAUUAAGUGCCAAAUAUUUUUAUGUUAAUUUUUAUUGUUAUCUCUCUCUCUAUAUAUAUAUAUCUGCGUGCAUUGUAAUUUUGCUCAUAAAAUAUGCAUAUUUAAUUUUAAGCCAAAGAUGAGAAUGAUCAAGUUGAAUACUUAUAAUGCAGCAGUUAUAAAAUUAAAAUUUUAUAGCAUGA